AUGGUUGGCAUCGGUGGUCGCAGUAAAGGCUGUAAGACCUGUCGCAGGCGAAGAGUAAAAUGUGAUGAAGCUAAGCCUUCCUGUGAACGCUGCAUCAAAGGUGGCUUCCAGUGUGACGGCUAUGUUCAAUAUGGGGAGUUUAAAGAUCUCACAUCACAACUAGCCAAGAAGAGUGCACCAAAACACAAUGCAUCCAGUCCAACACCCAGCAACACAGACACCGCUGUCUCACCAGGGUCCAUCAUCGAACUCCCACUGAUCCCAUUGAUCCCAAAUCCAGCAUGGGAUGAGCAGACAAUCUUCAUCUCACACUUGGUGGACCGAUUGUUCACAUGGCAUGAGAACCCAUCGUCACCCGAGUCUGCGGGCUGGGUCUCUGGGCUUCUCCAAUCUACAGAGAAUGACGGCCCCUUGGCCUUUGCAUCGACCCGCGCGUUGGCCACAAGCUAUUUCGCAAAGACACAUCGCCAAUCGGAUCUGAUGCGAAAAGGGGCUGGAUUUUACUCUCGCGCCUUAAGUGCACUGCGAGCACAGCUGCAGGAUGCCACCUUGGUCUUGAAAGAUGAUGUACUAGUCGCGAUCAUCUGUAUGGCUAUCUAUGAACUUGUUACAUUUCACCAGCCAACCGGCUGGCUCCAUCAUUACAGAGGGCUUGCUCACUUGGUCGUCAUCAGAGGACCCCAGCGCCACCAAUCUGGGGUGGGGUUUUCCCUGCUUCCGACGUUGAGAUCAUGCAUAUUGAUCGGCUACCUUGUCGAAAGGAAACACUGCUUUCUAGAAACUACCGAGUGGAAGACUGUUCCUUGGGAAGAAGUCGGACUCGGAGCCAAACUUCCUAUAGAUAAAUUACAUGACAUUUUGUGCGAUAUUCCUGGCUACCUCGAAGAUAUUGAUCUUCUUGGCAAAUGGACACGCGAUUCUUCUGACAAAGAGAAUUUCCUCACAAAACUUCGGGAAAGACUCUUAGCCUCUCUCAACGCAUUGUACUCCUGGCGCUGGGAAUGGGAGAAAGACUUCCCUGCUUCAACCUAUUCGGUUUCGCCAAAUGGCCUUGACCCAGAAACAUCGCUACCUCUUCCGCCCAGUCCAUUUGAGUCUGUUCUCUGGUUUGUUAACCCGUACCGGGCGAACGAGCUGAUGACAUACAAUUCCAUACGAGUGAUCUUGACGCGAUCACUUCAACUGAUCGGUAUAAAUACUGAUAAUCCAAGUUCUGCCUAUGUCAGUGACCCUCUUCUUCCCAUGCAGGGAACGAGACAUGAUGUUGCAGUCGAAACGUGUCGAAUGGUGGACUAUCAUCUUCACUGUUUCCGACGCAGCUCAGGGGCAUUCUUGAUCAUCUUUCCGAUAAAUAUUGCAUAUUUACACCUUGAUGGCAAUCGCGAUGGCAGGGCAAAGUCAUGGCUUGAAAUUGUCAUGGCCUUCGUUGCAGAUAUUCAUGGAUUCGAGAUUGGGCGGCGCGAGAACAUGCCACGCAAGUUGGACAAGGUAUUGAACGAUUCAAGAACGAAAGAAUAUCAGAGCCGAACGCUCUCCAUUGCUGAACAUGUGCUAAUUAUUAAACUAUCAAAUACAGUCCGCUUCUAUAUCAGCUCCUACAUAUCACGAUUCAUGAUUCUUUUCCAUCGACUCAUCCGAAUCCCAGUCAUCAUCGUCACUAGAAGAACACUCUGA